AGGGGAAGCCAACGGUUCAUUUACUUGCCAUCUAUAGCGCCGCUGUCACCGUUGAAUGAAACCUGGAGAUGUAGUAUUAAUUUAGUGGACCGUGCGACAGCAAAGCUGUUUGCCUUCCAGCAGGGAGAUGGGGGCGGGGCCUGAUGCGAGUGACGUCACUCUCCAAAGGGUUUAUAUGGCUUAAAUAAACAUGUGAAAAUGUGUUGCAGAAUUGCCUCUGGUUCAUCAUAAAGAUCGUUUCUGCGCUACACUUUACGCAAUGAUAACGAAGUCACCCUGCGGGUUGUCAUGCGCAGCUCUGAGCCCCGUGACGUCAGACCGGAACAACGACGCCGUGGUGUCAUGGCGCCGUGCGUGAUGUCAGAGCUCGGUAACAAACAGCUCUAGCUGCUCCUCAACGAUCUGGGAUGGAUUUCUGGCUGUGAAUUAAGACCCAGUAAGAACCUUGGAGGGGUAACGAAAUCUGUCUGCAGAUCAGGAUGGCAGACUCAGGUGACCACAGCGGUCAGCAGGCUCCAGGUCCUGGAGGCCGGGGGAGCAUAGGACCUCUGAUGGGUCGCCGACCAGCAGCUGGCAUCUCUCCUGGACGCCUGCCAUCGGUGCGAUCCAGAGAUCUAACGCUAGGAGGAGUAAAGAAGAAAACCUUUACUCCCAACAUCAUUGGCCGAAAAGUUAAAGAAGAACCAAAGGUCGAAGGUGUGCCGAGGCGAGAGAAGAGGGAUGGAGAUCGAGGGCGGGGCAGGGGCCGCGGGGAAAGAGGCAGGGGCCGAGGUCGCAGCGAGGUCAUCCAGUCUCACUCCAUCUUUGAGCAGGGGCCUGGAGAGACGAUGAUUAAAAGAAGAGGGGGCUACGAGAGUGAGAGAGACGCUCCGAGCAUGGGACCCUCGCCCAUCAUCAAUAUCAAAAAGGAGAAGAGGGAGACCGAAGAGGAAACCAAAGAGAUUCUGCGCAAAUUGGAGCGAGAAAACUUCAUAGAUGACCCAUUCCUGAGGAGCGAGCAGAGGAGCUGCCCAGUCCAGCUUCCCCUGGCUGUGUCAGGGUGGGGAUUCAAGGAGGAGCUUAACAGUGUAGCCGUUAAAGUAGAAAAGACAGACCCAGAUGAGCCCAUGGAGACUUCAGUUGAAGUGAAGCAAGAGCCAGAGGAAGUGGAGAUACAAAAGGUUGAAGCCACUUUCAAACCUCCUCCUCUCCCUGAGCCUGAAGUUCUCCCUGACCUGCUGCACAGAUGGAGCCUGAGCAAAGCGGAGCAGCUGUUCUUCAUCCAGCUGCCCGACUCGCUGCCCGGCCAGCCUCCCACCAAGGAGCAUAAGGCGGUAAAAACCGAGGUGCAGUCGGAGGACGGGCAGUCCGUGCUUCUGAAGACAGAGCCACAGGACGAGGAAGCUGAAGACAACAGCUGUAAUCUGAAGGAUCUGAGGGAGGGCGUUGUUGGGAAGAUGCUGGUCCGGAAGUCUGGCCGGGUGCAACUCAUACUGGGACAAGUCACCCUUGACGUGUCUCUAGGGACGUCGUGCUCUUUCCUUCAGGAGCUGGUUUCUGUUCAAACGGCAGAAAAAAACGGAAACCUAAUGGUGUUGGGGAACGUCAGGCACAAAAUGGUCUGCUCUCCUGACUUUGAGUCUCUGCUGGAGAGCAAGACAUGAUGCUCGCCCAGGCAGAGGGCUCCCAGUUACCUCUGAUGCAUUAGAUGCACUAGUAUUCAAUAAAACAAAAACUACGACCCCCAUCUCUGAAUAAACUAUGCUGAUGACUGAUUGCCUUUUAUGUUUUCAGAGCUGCUAAAAUUGCUUUGAUAUAUAUCAAUUAUGCAUAUUAUAGAAUUUUUUU